UUCGGGAGCACUCGUAAGAAGUGCCACUCGCCGAGUGGGAGGGACAGUCGCACAUGUGAAGAUGUGGUGGCUAGCACGCCACGGGCUGCUCUGGCUGUUCCUGCACACCGCAACUCUGGUCCUAAGUGACGACCAGUGGGGAGAAGUAUGUCCGCCGGGCUGCAUAUGCCACACCACCACCUACGCAGAUCUGCCCAUGAAGAGAUGGCUCCGCGAAGGAACUACACAGAUCGCAACCCAGCCGGCACCGCCUCCCAGCAACAUCAACGAGGUUGUGUAUGCAGAUGAAGAAACCGAGAACCAUGAUGGUUUGGAUGAACAGCUCAAGAUGGCAAUGUGCAUUAUUCAAAAAGACAGCGAUGUACAGACAAUGUUUGCUUCGCUACCAGAGGAUGUCCAGGUGCUGACAAUCCUUCAGAGCCGUGGCUCGGGCGACAUAUACUUGGAAGCCACACACAUGCAGUGGCUACAACUCAUAGCCCUCGACAUCCAAGGCUUGCACCAGGACACUCCAAACACCACCAUGCCACCAACAGCAGCAACCACCAACCCAGGGAACGAAGGAAAGAUCAUAGUGCGUAGCGACACCCUUCAGUCCCUUACUUCCUUGCAAUACCUCAACCUGCAGCACGUCAAAAUACUGGGCAACCCAAACAUCGGAAACAGGCCGGCACCCGUUAUACAAAUCGCAGAGAGCAACAAAUUUUUUUCAAACAACGUUCCAUUUACAACUUGGAUGAAAGAUGAAGUGGUGAUGCCAAACAACCAACAUCCAAAUCACAUUCCAACACAACUUGUUAUUUUGCAGCCAGUUGUGACAAACACCAACGACGAAAUCGUGCCCUACAAAGUAUACAAGGAAGAACAAGAACGGGCUGGAAUGUCAAUAUUUUCGACUCUGAGCAACCUUCUAUUUUUAAGAGUCCAUGGGUGCGGCUUGAAGGAAGUCAACUGGGAAAUGUUUACAGGGCUGUCUAAAUUAGAAUAUCUGUCACUAGAGAAAAACAACCUCCUUUUCAUCCCAGACUUCACUUUUUAUGGUACCACCAAUCUCAAGACACUAUCUCUAGCACACAAUAAGUUACUCAGUUUGCACAGCACUGGUCUCGCUGGUUUGCUCGAUUUAGAAAACCUAGACCUAUCGUACAACAACUUCUCACACCUCUCUGAAUUAUCCCUACCCCCCUUUCCCAAGCUGCAAAAAGCAGACUUUCGAGGCAACCCUAUUCAAGAAGUAUUCGCGAGCACAUUCGAAAUAAUGAAUGCAACAAAAUCCUUAUACUUGGGGAGUAUAAAUUCCCAAUUUGGUAUUCAAACAGAUUCAUUUCUUGGUUUGGACUCCCUUCUAAAACUCAAUUUAAUAAAUGUGAACAUCCCUGUUCUUGAGCGGGACUUGCUCAGAGGCAUGCCUGAACUGAAACACCUUAUAAUCCAGGGUUCAGUCAAAAGUGUGUCCUUCGAUGCCUUUUUAGAGAUGCCCAAACUGGAAAACUUGGAUAUGAGAGCAUGCGGCAUCGAAUCCGUAUCGAUGGACGCAUUUUACGGACUGUACGGCUUGCUGUACCUCGACCUGUCGCACAACCGCAUCACGUCACUCCCUCCGGGCGUGUUCGACCAGCAGUUCUCCCUGCGAGAGUUGUACCUGGAAAACAACCUGCUGAAGGAGUUGCCCCUCAACAUGUUCGGCAACCUGCCCACCAAGGUGGUCCGGCUGACGGGCAACCCGUGGGAGUGCACGUGUGCCAUGCGCGACUGGAAGCCGAGCGUCGUGAACGGCAGGAAGCAGCGCGCCGGCGAGUUCUGCCAGCUCCAGUACGACAAGGGCAGCAUGUGCUUGCAGCUGAGCCAGCGGUACGUGUACGACCGGACCGUGGCUCCCAGGUGCGCCACCCCCGCCAAGUACAACAACAUGAGCGUGUUCACCGCCUUGCGCAAGCAGCUGCACUGCGGUAACGAAAAACACACCAGGUUCCACAGGAAGGAAUAUCUUAAGAAAAAACACGAACAAUAUGAGAAAAGCUUGAAGAGUGAAUAUACUCAAAAUAUUAAAAACAAUUCUUCUAGCUUAGCAACACUUCUGACACUGAAUAAGGGCAAACAUGAUGCAACUCAUAUUCACUCAACCAAUACGAUUGAAAAUGCUACACUGCCAAGAGAAAAUAAACUUACUAUUCUAACCAAUUCAGAACCAACUGCACCAGCCCAUGAUACUGCAGUACUUGAUACCGAAAACCAAUUAAUUGAUCCAACAACUAAUGAAAAAGCUCACAAAUCGCAUACACUGAAAAACAAUGCUAAUCUGAUGCCAUUUACCAGCAAAUCAGUUCCAACGAACACAAGACACAACAUUGAACAAAAUGCUCAGGACUUAUCGUUGAAGCCCAUGAACCAACAGAAGGCUCCCAUAGCAAGUCACCAAAAUUAUGACCAAAAUAUACAAAAAGCAAAACUAGAAAAACGACAGAAACUUCAAGAAAAAUAUGAACGAACAAAGAAAACUGAAAAACUGAAAAGUGAGCCAACAUAUGUAGUGUACAACAACAAGAAGCCCACCAAAGUGUCUAAAAAGGCUUGGAAGAUGGAACUGGCAAAGACUCGUCAAACAAAACUCAAACAGGCACAAUUAAAAAAAAAAACUUAAUCUUUACAAUAACAUUUCAAAACAUUAAUAUAAGUACAAUAUAUUCAAUCCUUGAAGGAAAAAAAACUCAAAUUAAAUGCCUAAUGAUACCUAAAACAGUUCUAAUAAUAUUAAGGAUAGAUUUCUGAUUGAUAAUUUUUUAAAGAAUAAAAAUAUCAAGUAACACAGUGAAAGGAAACUAUUCAUGUACUAAAGUCCGAGUGCAUACAAAUAAGUUCAGCGCAAGUGCUCAUAGGUUGAAUUUCAAUAACCAUUAUUUUGUGCAAUUUGAAACAGGACAACUGCCAUUUCAGCUAUUGCUGUAUCAUUAGAGCAUUCAGCAAGUAAAACAAUUAUUACUUGUAAAAGAACACAAAUAAUAUAUUGCGUUCAUAAUUUGUUCUUUAGAAUAAGUAUUAUUUAAAAUUAGGUAAGUUAAUUAGAUGUAUAGUAAAGGGUUUACAAAACAAGAAGAAAAAUUCAAUUCAAUGUAAUAUUGUUAUAUGUUAUACAAUUUUGUAAUUCUUAUACUUGCACAUGCAAAUAGCUAGCAUUGUAUUAGCACCAGUGUAAUAUUUAUCAUAUAAAUGUUUUAUUAUGAAUUUCAAAAGAAAGUAGCGUGUUGGCUAGAAGUUUGCAUAUUUACUGGUAGUUUCACUUUGUUCCCUACUAAUCAAUAAACCUAGUUUCACUACGAUGAUUGUAAAAAAUGCACUACAUGUAAAAAAAUUAAAUUAAAUGAAAGGAGAUGUGAAAA